AUGACAAGUUUAUUUGAUAUAAAGUUUGAGAAUGGAUUGAUGAAAAUCCCGUGUUUUCCGAUCGCUGAUGAGACGGAAACCCUCCUGCGAAAUCUCAUUGCUUAUGAGCAACAAUCAUUUGAUGUACAACCUAAAUAUUUCAGUGAUUAUGCAACUUUCAUGGAUCAUCUUAUUGACUCAGACAAAGAUGUGAAUUUUCUUCGUCAGAAAGGACUCAUAGUGAACUGGAUAGGAGACGACACAAAAGUGGCUAACUUCUUCAACAAAAUCGGAAAUGGGGUCACUCCGUCUUCCGACUUCUAUUACAAAGAAGAAUGCUUAAAAGCAGCUGAACAUUGUGAAAAACCAUGGAACAAAAUGAAGCUAUCAAUGGAAGCUUACAAAGAAACAACUUAUGGUUCUCAGAUGGGAAUUCUCAAAUGGUUUACCAUAGAGAACACAAGUUCUCAUAUGGUUCACCAGAGAGAAUAG